AUGACAGGGCUCGGCAUCGGAGGGGCAGGUGGCGCAGCGGCGGGAAUGGGAGCCGUGGCCGCUGUCUCAUCACGGUACCGUGACAUCUCGAACCCCUCCGACACGCGGUCAGAGCUCCCAUCCCCUCCCAUUCCUCCUCCUCGAUCUCCAGACCGACUGCUCCCACCCGGCGUGGUACCCAUGAGAUACCAGCCUUCUAGCUCACCGCCGCCUCCCAACCAGGGUUCUUCCCACAUGUCCGUUUCCGAUCAGAGCGAGUACUCACAAGGUAACAACCAAUAUCCACCGGGCGGCCAAUACCCACCACAACCUCCUAACGCGGCUGGUGCUGGCUACUUCGGCAACCUUAACGAACUACCCGAAGACCAGAGAAACAUCCACCAACUCCCGGACGACCAAGUCUCCAAUCCGAUGUCGCACCAAAGCUACCAACAUGCCAAUAUGGGCCAAGAUGGGUACUGGUCCGGACAACCGUCAGCACCUUCAGGACACUCGGGGCCUUCAGCGCCCUCAGUACCCUCGGCCCAGGAGUCCUAUGAGUUGCCCGGACAAAGCCACACACCCGCGCCAGCGCAACCGCAAGGAGGACAGGGAGGCUAUCGCGGCACGGAUCGAGAGGUCCCUCUUCAUCAACGCGUGGAAGGCAGAGUACCUUACCGGCCGGGCCAUCUCCCGCCUUCGCACAACUACUAG